CACAGGCGAAUUUCAUCAAACGGCGCAAAAGAGCAUUUGUACUUUUUUCGUAAUACUUUAAGAAAUGAAGAUCAGAGUACGACAUAACAGAGCAACCAAGGCUUUGGAGGUUGAAAGUGGGAGUCUGAAACUUUGUCAACUGAAAGACAUCGUUUUCACUAUUAUCCCCGGCUUGGGAACGGACUUUCAGUUCAGUUUGAAUGGAAAAGACUGUUUACAAGGUGAUGAUGUAGAACUGGAAAAAUUUGGCAUUGUAUCUGGUGACCUUGUUCAUAUUCUCUCUGAAAAUGGUGAUAAUAAUGGUAAAACUCUGAGAAAUGGAGCCUUGGCGUCACAAGAACUUGAGGUGUCUCAGUCGUCAUUUUCAGGUGGUGACCAGACAGUCAAGUGUGCACAAAAGCCAGACAAAGAGGAACACUUUGUUUCCCAGGAAGAUUCAUCCAACAUGGAUGUUCUUUGUGCAAAGGAUGAUAGAGAACCAAAAGUUACCCAGUCAGACAGUGAAGUGCUACAAACGUCCAUGAAGUUGGAGGAGCCGCGAUCCAUAGAAGAACUGACUGAAAUCAAAGGUUAUUUAAAUGAGCCCAUGCUGUGUCGGGAAGCUACAGAUACUUCUGUGCCCAACAGACUUGUUGAAAUCUUCAAGAAUGAAUGCUCCUCCUCACAGCCUGAAGCCCUUUGUGCUGUUUUACAUGUGCUAAUGUUGGAGACAGGAUUUUCACCAAAUCGUAGUUCCAAAUGUCAUUCUGGCUACUGUAUGCCAGAUAGUUGGCGGUGUCCAGGCUCCUACAAGCUGACCUACUCCUAUCCGGCCAGUGAGGCCUCCUCCUGUAAUCUCCUCUUAGUGCCCCUCGGUUCACAAAUGAUGGUUCAUGGAAAUAUCACAGGUGGGGAGCCACAGCCACCAUGUAAGAUUCAACUCAAGGUGCAGGACUACAUAGGGUCCUUAGAUCAAGAUGUUCCUAAAGUAUACAGUAAUCUGGCGAAGCUAUCAAGGGUGUUUAAGGAUACUAUUUCUCUGCCUCUCUUACACAAGAUCCAUUCUGCUGGGGGAAGUUCUGUCCAUCAAGGUUUCAUGAGCCUCCCAAAUGAACUGAAGCUUGUAAUUUUGAAACAUUUGGAUGUUGGAAGCCUGUUGAAGGUUGCUGCGGUAUCAAAGUCCUUAAAUAAACUGGCCAAAGAUCCUUGGCUGUGGAGAAGACAUUACCUUCUGUAUUGGCCCAAGAGAAGUGAUAACAGCCUAAAUCAGGACUGGUAUGAGGUCUACAGAGUAGAAUAUAAACAGAGAAAGGAUCUGAGGGAGAGAUUAAAAAGGAUGACCCCAGUUUUGCAUCACCAUCCCUUCUUCCCUAGAAUCCAUCCUAUGUCAGACUUCAUACCACCUCCUCCCACUUUUGUCGGUAUUAUUGGAGGAGAGUAUGAUCUCAAUCCUAACUUUGGUUUUCCUGAUCCCGUAUUUCCUGGAACAGGGCGACUUAUUACACCAGAGCGUCACCCUCAACUUCUUCAGCCUCGCUUUGACCCCAUGGGAUCUGACCCCGAUAUGAACAUGUGCAUUCCCACAAAUCGGCCACGAUCUCCCCAGCAUGGUGGGAGGUAUGGGGGCGGACGACCCUUCUUUGGAGGGAUGAACCCACGCUUUCUGUAGUGUUUCAUUUUUUGAUCCAACAAUUUGUCAUUCUGCUGUGAUAUAUAUGACGCAAAUAUCAACCAAGGGAAGCUCCGAAAAGUAGCUUUUUGCUGCAUUGUUACCAGAAAGUUUUGUUGCAUGUUACAUCAAAGUGUUGAUCAUUUGUAUUUCUGAAGAAUAAAACGUGUUAUAUAAUGUUA